AUGAAGAAAAGGACCCCCCUGGUAGGGAAACGAAGCUACUUUACAUCCCUGUACGACACCAAAACUGAGAAAACAAAAUUAAUAAGCGAAAUGGACGAUCUGUAUGACCACAUUUUAACGAGCAACUGGAACGACUCAGUACACCUCGUUUUGAAUGUCUCCAUUUGGGAAGGAAUUCUACACUCCAUAGAAGCUAGAAUAAAGCCAUAUGAACAAGAUGAAGAUAUUUUAAAAAAAAAAAAAAUGAUAAACGAAAUGUUUGAUGUCCUCUUCAUAUUAGAAGAUUUGAGAGACCAUGUAAAUGAACUUUUGGAACAGUCAUCACGUGCAAGUGGACUGGCAGGGACAUACAUUUUGGCCUCCUUCAAAAUAGAAAACAUGGUUGAGCACAUCGAGUUUUUGAAGGCCAAAUAUGAUGAGCUGCUGCUAAAGUACCCACUUUAUAAGUACCAGAUCGAUAUGGUCCUGGGGAAGGGCCUGGCCCUCCUACGGCAGAGAUACACCUUCGAGUGGAGGCACAUGCACGAUUUUUUCUUUUAG